CAGAAGACGAACGACCAUUGUGUGAUUUGCAGCUCCGCUCCACAACAGAGACGAAGAUCGCCGUCGGACAGAGGGAUAGUUUAUUACACUUUUUCAUAUUUUCUGGUGAAUUGCAUUUCAACACUUAAGCGAAGUGCAAUCAUUGUUUCCCGAAGAUUAUUAUAGUGCAAGAAGUGAAGUGUUUCAAACUGUAUUUCCUGAGGAAACAACUUUUGAAAAUAGUGCAUCUUUUGCGUGAUGAAUCGAGGCAUGGGAACGCCACAGAAAGAUGAUGGAGUCAAGGCAGAACAAGGACGGGCUACAAAGUCUGGACGAAAAGUCAAGCGUCCUGCUCACUUUGAUGAUUCGCCGGAUUCGAAAAAAGUAACAUCCGCAGACGAAGGAAAAUCUCCUAAGGUUGUAAGUGCUUCAGAGACUUCAAAGAAAUCCGCCCGUAAAACGAUUCUCAAGAGUGUAGAUGAUACUCCUAGUAAAAAUGGUGGACUUAAAUCGGAAUCUACACGAAAGACUAUUCAUAGAAGCGUAGAUGAUACUCCCGACAGGAAAAAUGAAAAUAAGCCGGUUCCUGUCUCCCAGAGAAACCAGUUAAGAGAAGAACCGGAAUCGGUAAAAAAAUCUUCGCGCAAAACUUUUAUUUCCGAUGAUAGAGAUGAAUCACCGGAACCCGAAGCAUCGAAAAAAACUGCCCGAAGAACACUUCUUAAAUCGGCAGUUAAAAAUUCAUCGGUUGAACAGGUCGGAGUUACCCUAAAGAAAAAAUCUGAGAUUCAGUCGCCGGUUACGAAAAAAAUCGGCAAGUCUGAGCCCGAAGAAGCUAUUUCAGAUGUUGGUGUUUCUCGGACUGGACGUAAAAUAAAGGUACCGGCACACUUGAAGGAGUUUGAAGAUAUUUUGGUCGCAAGUCCAAAAAAAGAAGUACAGGAAAAAAAUUCCUCUCGCAAGUCAGUUGCCCAAUCUUCAGAAAGAAAUGAUCCGGAAGUUGAUGAUGAGGACUCUAAAAAUGAUCUUGAGAAGGGAAAAAUUGUGGCGUCACGGAAAUCCGUAGCUCCAAAAAAGAUUGAUUUGAACGCAGAACAGAAACAUAUCCCUAAAACACCUGGUCGAGGAAGAUCGCUGGCUUUGCCUCGUAAAGAGUUGACAAUGGAAGCAGACGAUGAGAUUAUUCCUUCAAGAUCUGUUUCGCGUAAAUCAAUGUUUCCAUCGGUUAGAAAGAACGAUUCAGAAACCGAAGAGAAAAUUACUCCUAAAACUCCCGGUAAAGCAACAUCACGAUCAGAUUCGCAAAACGAAUCUGGUGUUGAAUCUGAAGGAUUUGCUACAAAAACUCCAUCGCGGCGUGCAGCAAAAUCGACAGCCCUGGCAAAAACAGAUGAAACAAUCGAUCCUUCUGAAGUUUCUCCAAGUGCCAUGAAAGAGGUAAAACUGACAUCGAAAACUCCAUCCAAGAAGUUAGUGCAUUCGUCUGUUUUGGGUAAUGCUUCACCAAACCCAGCCAAAGCGGAAACAAAUAAAAGAGGAAAAUCAUUGGCGCCCGAAGAAAGUAAAUCGCCAAACGUAGACAAGCCACCUACAAAAACACCUUCCAAACGAGGAAAAUCUUUGGCUUCAGUAGUUCGCAAUUCUUCGCCGGAUUUAGCCCCCAAAACACCUAAAGCUGCCAAAAUUGCAGAGGACUCAUCAGAGCCGAUUUCCCGCUCAGGUCGAAAAAUUAAACCGAAAAAGUAUUUCGGCGAAUUCGAAGAAAUGGAAGAUAUAUUUUCGAUCAUGCCCAAAGUUUCGUCACCGGUAAAGCCGAACAUAAAGCGUGCUACAGAAAAGAAGCAAUCCCCACAGAAAAAGAUAUCACCUGCUAAGCGAGCUACACUAUCGCCCCAGGAGCCCCGCAAAUCUGAUGCAUCUCCCCCGAAAAAAACGAAGUUAGACCCUGAACCAAACAAACUUCCGAAGGUUAGUAAAAUAUCACCAACCACUGAGGAGCGUCAGAUUACGGUUCGUGGCACCAACGAUCAUCAUCAUCAUCAUAUUUUAAAAGACGUGGACAUUGUCAUCGAGAAAGAUCCACUAGCUGUUAGUUCGGAAGAAACACUUGCAAUAUCACCAAAAACGGGUAAAUCAAAAGUGGACGAUACUCCAACGGAUGUCAACAAAACGGAUGUACCUGUGGAGGAGAUCAAUUCACAGCGAGAGGAACCAAAGUCAAAACGUGGUCGCAAAACGCUUCCGGCACCGGCUGUUGUUUCCGAAGAGUACAAUUCAAAGGCACCCAAAACGCCUUCCUCUCGCCGAAUGACUUCCGCGGCACCGGUACAAACGGAUGAUGCCGGUAGCAGUCGAUCCGGUAGAAAAAUAAAACCGAAAAAGUUUUUCGGUGAGGAAGAGGUCGCGAAUGCUCCGGCUCCUACAGUUCACGAAGGACGAGGAAAACGAAAGACGCAAGCAUUGGAAAUGAACGAAAAUAUUGUGGAUGGACCGAGAAAAGGCGCUCAAUCGACAGAGAAACUGGAGGCUUUUAUUUCGCUAGGGAACAUUUCGUCUACGACGGAGUUAGCCGAGAUCCCGUCAGAAGUACAGAAACCUCAGGAUGAACAAUUGAUUGCACUGACGAAUUUGUUGGCGGAAGAGGAAUACGCUGUCACGGCCGACGUAGAACCAACGUCCGUUAACGGGAACCACUUCGACACCGGUGCCAUGGCAGCCGAAUCAAGCCAAGGAACUGAUGAUUUAAAAGAUCAACGUCAGCAUGUUGACGUACAGAUCCAGGGUGUUGACGAGCAACCGGAUCCGUUGGAAUACGAUCUACAGCAGUUGGAAAAUGAUGAUACUACUCCGGUGGAAAAUUUUCAAGGGACUCGCAUCGAACAAACAUCUCCGGCACAACAUCAGACGGAGAAAGCCCCUCCAAACGAUCCUGCGCUGUUAGCUGAGAAAUCUAAUCAAACGGAUGAAAUAGUAGAAUCGUUCAGUAAUUCGGGAGAAAACGAUCCCACAGAUAUUGGGAUGAUUGAUUCCGUGUGUCCGGAUAAAUUGUUGGUCUCCUCAGAAACCCAUCAAGAAGAUAAUGUGGUUUCGGAAGAUGUACUGUCUAAAGAUGAAACACAAGUACAAGAGGAACAGCGUGUUCUUGAAACAACGUCUGAUGCAAUAUCAAGCGACGAUCAGGAAAAUCCACAAAUUGCUGAACCUGCAGUGGUUACGGUAGAGACACCCUCUGAAGCGUUAGAUGCUAACGUUGAAACUACGUCAGAAGAAGCAGCAAAUGAAGAACCUGCUAGCGAAGAACCUGCCAGCGAAGAACCUGCUAUCAACAAUUCGAAGCAAGAGGACGAACACAAUCCGGAAAUUUCAACUAACAGUAAUUUCUCGGAAUCAUUGAUUGUUGAAGAGGACACCUUGGGACAACUAAUAUCGAACGAAAGCAAGGAGACGCACUUCGAAGGCAUUGCAUUUUUAGAGGAAUCUGCUGCAAGGACUUUACCGACUGAAACAGCACCAGGCGGAGAACAAGAAAGUAGUCCACCUGAUGAGCCUCUGCCUGAAGAUGAUCGGGAAAAAGCGAUAGAGAACAUUGAACAUCAAGAUCAAAUAAAUGAACAAAACGAGACUCCAUUGUUUGAAUCGAAUCAGGAAGAUGAUCUUGACAGCACCAAACCCCCGGAGAUGGUUGAUUUCGGGUUCGAUGAGGUACAAGAGCAUUUGGAAGAUGUUCCGGAGCCUUCCAAUGGUUCAUUCGUGGAAAAUGACCGGGACGAUGAGUCAAUCAUUGUUCUGCCAGAUACUCCAUUUGUACCAAAGUCUGAUACUUCGGCACCAGCAACACCGAAAACUCCCGAAUCGAAAACCAAUAAGAAUGAUAAUUUUUCUCCGGAUAAACCAGAUGAUCAACAGCAAGCAGGUUUCCCACAGAUCAUCGAAAUUUUCGACAGUCCAACUCCUGAGUCAGCCGUCGGAAGUGUCACCAGUACACCAUUGGAUGUGCCGGCCAAGCUGACGAUUAGAGAACAGCUUAUUCAAAGCUCUCGUAAACGCUCAUUAUCAGCCAGUGAUGCCGAGAUCUGCAAGAAGAAUGUCACAUUCCACAGUCCCGCCAAUAGUACAAUUCUAGUAGACACAAUCGACGAGCGUCUGAAGAAAAGUGUGAAGAAUGACAGUUCCACCAAAUCAGGUUUCAACCCACGCAAGCGCUCCCUUUCAGAACAAAGAGAACUAGGCGAAGGAAUCAAACCUGCCAAAGUCACCAAACUACCAAAUUUCAAAAACAUUCACCAGCAACAUUUCAAACGGAUGGAAUCUAUCGAAGAAUUUCACAAUAGAAAAGUUCAACGGGCAAAGCUUUUAGUGAACGCCGGAUCGAAAAGCCCUGCGGCAGCGUCCAUCACAAAAUUUGAUCCCCAUAAAUCUGGCUCUGGAACGUCAAGUACAUCGCUGCAUAAGUCGCCGUACAAAACCGGCAAUGGAACUGCAUCCCACACGCAAUUUUCAUCAUCCGGAUCUAAGUCCCACAUCGCUAAACCUACAGCUAGUGGUGGAAAACCCCUCUCCGAUGCCGAUCGAUUGGAAAGACGACAGAAACAAUUUCAAGCGGCCUUCAAACCGAAAGUUGUGUAUUCAAGUGGUGGAUCCGAUACCCCAGGAAAAGAUACCUCCGAUGGAACACGUCGGGUGGUCGAGCAGAGCCGACACAAACAAAGUCAGAUUCUGAAGGGUGUACGGACAAACAAACGGUUCGAGCUGAUGAUGAAAUUCCGAGAUGGCCAAGAAUAAAUGUUUCAGGAAGCCGAGAGGAAAUAGCGUGCAAUCACAGCCGAACGUUCGAUUUAUUUGCAGCUCACGUUGAUUGUUUGGAUCAUUUUUACAAUAUUUUUUUUUACCACGUUUUGUUUAGUAAGGUUUGAUCCUUAAAUAGUGGUUCUUUUCGCGAUUAUUAGUGUUACAAUUUUAGUGUUAACGUUUAAUUUGCUUUACUAAUCAAUAUAUAACUUUUACUAAACUUCUGCAAACAUGAAUGAAUCAUGGCAUGUCGAUUUCUCUUCAUAGUAUCGGUAUAAUGAGAAUAAAAUUCAAAUCAUUGAAACAAGACAUACACAUGUAGUAACUGUAGAGAAGCAUUAGAGUAAGUUUAUUUUUCGUCAAAUGAAAUGUUUAAAGUGGACAGAGAAAGGAAAAGUAAACAUCAAUUGUUGUUAGUGAGACGAACUUUUCACGAAAUUUUAUGGGUCGUGCACAAUGUGAAAAAUCAACCUACAAAGCAUUGCAGUCAAUAAAUGGAAAUUUAAAAA